AAAUGGCAGAGGGAAACCACAAAGAGGAGGUCACUCACCUGAACAACUUUCACUGCCACUUGGAAGAGGAAUGGAUGAGUGUCAGAGACAGGCCCAUCAUUGUAUCUGACUCCUCUGAGGAAAGGAUUUCAAUGGUGGUUACCCCAUCUACUGAGCUACAUGAAGAUGACGAUCUGGAAGAUCAUGCCACACUGACAGAAAAACAAGAACCUCAGACAUCCCGAUCCAUCGUCUUCAAACCAGCUGCCCAAUGCCAUGGUCAGCACAGACUAGGAGAGGAAAGGUCCAGAAAUUCUAGUGCCAACCGUGAAGCAGAUGCCCACAGCUGUUUUUCCUAUUGUUACAACUCACUGUUUGGUUCUGGGGCACAGAAUGAUUCUGAGGAUGAAUAUGAUGAAUUUCUGCAUCUAGAGAGGAACAAAAAAGAAGUCAAACCUGGACCAAGCAUUAAGCAGACAGCAAACAACACUGUCAGCCACAAAUUGAAGCAGAAUUGCAUUAUAGUGGAUAAUAAUUGUGUUUUCCCAGAGAGUGGGCCUUUGGAAGCUCAGAACAAACCAUCUGAAGACUCAGAGACAGAUCUCUUGUCAAAUCCUGGAGAGGCAGCUACUUCAGUAGAUGACCAGGUAAUUGAAGAAGAGCACCGGCUUGACCACCCAUCCUUCCAGGAUCUGAAUCCACAGCCUCAGGAGAGAACAAACCAGGUCAUGCCCCAAAAGCAACAUUCUGAAGCAGAAAUGGGCCCAUUGUUCCUGUGCCAUGAUUUCCCAGAGCCUGAUUUUCCAAGGCCAGAACCGCAGCAGGAGGGGAUUCCCGGUCCUGCUUCUCCUCGGGCGACCCAUCCUCUGGGAGAACUUGAAGAUCAGCAGUUAGCAAUUGGUGAAGACCCGGAGCCAGCUUUUCAUCUUCCAGGAUCUCAGGAGGCCAAAUUGGAACCCAUGUGGGGACAAGGAGCAGCUGAACUAGAUCAAGACCUGGUUACGUGGUUAGUGAAAGAAACAGAAGCAAGAUUUCCAGAUGUAGCAAAUGGGUAUGUUAAAGAGAUCAUUCAUUUGAAGGAUACCUAUGAUUUGAAUGUACUUUGUAAUUUUCUUCUGGAAAACCCAGAUUAUCCAAAGAGAGAAGAUGGAAUUAUUAUCCAGCCCAGAACCAGCCUGCUUGUCAGCCAGGAUGAGGCGAAGGUGCCUAAAGUAGACUUUUUUGACUAUUCCCAACUGACUCCACUUGACCAGCGAUGCUUCCUCCAAGCUGCUGACCUCUUGUUGGCUGAAUUCAAGAUGCUAAGCAGCCAUGACAUCAAGUGGGUCCUACAUAAGCUCAAAGGACACUAUGCAAUCACACGAAAGGCCCUUUCUGAUGCUAUUGAAAAAUGGCAGGAACAAUCACCCGAUGCCAAUGGAAAACGGAAAAGGAGGAAAGAAAUGAAUCAGGAUUCCUUCAUUGAUUUCAAAUUUGAGCAAGGCAACAUAAAAAUAGAAAAGAGGAUGUUCUUUUUGGCAAACAAGCGUCGACACUGUAGAUCCUAUUACCAGAAAGACCUCCUCCCAGCUGUGCAGCAAGAGCAGGAAUUCUAUGAGCAGAAAAUCAAAGAGAAGGCAGAGCAUGAAGACUUUUUUCUUGCCCUGCAGAUGAAUGCAGAACAGUAUGAAAAGGACGGACAGCUGAUUGAGUGUGGAUGCUGCUAUGGGGAGUUUCCAUUUGAGGAGCUGACACAGUGCUCUGAUGCUCACUUGUUCUGCAAAGAAUGUCUCAUCAGAUAUGCCCAAGAAGCCGUGUUUGGGUCUGGAAAGUCAGAACUCAGAUGCAUGGAAGGCAGCUGCUCAUAUUCCUUCCCAACCAGUGAACUGGAGAAGGUGCUGCCCCAGAACAUCCUGUGUAAAUACUAUGAACGGAGAGCUGAAGAAGAAAUCACUGCAGCUUGUGGUGAUGAGCUUUUCCGCUGCCCCUCGUGUGGCUUCCCUGCUCUGUUGGACAGGGAUGUGAAGAGUUUCAGCUGCCCUAAUCCUCGAUGCCGGAAGGAAACCUGUAGGAAGUGUCGGGGACUCUGGACAGAGCACAAUGGCCUCACCUGUGAAGAACUGGCUGAAAAGGAUGACAUCAAGUACCGGACAUCUAUUGAAGAGAAAAUGGCUGCUGCUCGCAUUAGAAAAUGCCCCCGGUGUGGGACUGGCCUCAUCAAAUCCGAAGGCUGUAACCGCAUGACUUGCCGCUGUGGUGCCCAUAUGUGCUACCUCUGUCGAGUUUCUAUUGAUGGCUACGACCAUUUCUGCCAGCAUCCUCGCCUUCCAGGAGCCUCUUGCCAGGAAUGUUCCAGGUGUUCCAUUUGGACCGACCCCACUGAAGAUGAUGAAAAGCUGAUUGAGGAAAUCCAAAAGGAGGCUGAAGAGGAACAGAGAAGGAAGAAUGGACAGAAUGUCUUCAAACGCAUCGGUCCCCCACUAGAAAAGCCAGCCAAGAAAGAACACCACGAGGAAGGCCCGCCAUGGUUUGUACCACAGAUGCCACCCUUUGUCAUUGUGUACGCACCUUUCUUCCGGCCACCUCGGUGGCCCGGGUUCAACAACUUCCCCAUCAACAUAGGUCCUAUACCAGUACCCUACGGACCACCUCUGCCCAAUAUGGGUGGCAACUACGACUUUGGCCAAGUACAUGUGAUCCCGGAGCACAACCUGCCCAUGCACUUUGGCCCCCAGCCAUGGCACCGCUUCUGACACCCUAAGCUCUUGUCCAGCCACACUGAGUCUUCCGAGGACCCAGUCUCCACUUUCAGGGGUGGAGUCUUACAUGGGUGGAGUCUUGGCUUCCCUCUUGAGGGCGGCCGGUGUCCUCCUACUCUUUACUUUGCAAGGUCCAAUGAUGCUUCAGGUCUACUCAAGUUCAAGGGCCUCUGAGACAUAUCUGUGGCACAAGUUCUGUUCUGUGAUCAAUGUACUUGACCCUGUUCACAAAGUUUGACCUGCAAAUCUUUCCCUAGGACUGGCAACUACUGAGAGUCAAUCAUUCUAACACUUGACACCAGACAAAAGGGCAUUAUUGCAAUGUUGUCACUUAUUCCUGACCUACUCCUUUUCUGUGGGUGACCUCACUUGUCACCAACCUGUGAUGGACCACAUCUCUAAGGUGUUUUGGGUUUCCCUCGGUUUGCAAAUAGCCUUGUGUGACAGCCUCAGUCGUCACAGCAACCACCCUGCCUGCUUAUCUCUUCUCUCAUCAGAUAGCAUGGGAAGCAGGCUGAGGCUGAGGCCCCAGCUCCAGGAUGAGAUCAGCUGCCUUCCCUAAAGUCAGAAAGCUGCACCAUGCUCCCACUGCCUGUGUCCUCUCCAGUCCUCACCACAUCUCUGGAUCCCUCUGACCUGUUUGUAGAGAAGGACUGACCCCAGAUGGGUUUCUCAGAGGCCAAGUCAGUUUAAACUAUUGUGUAAAAAGACUGUAUCAUAUGGAACUUGAAUUUCAUGUAAAUAAAUAUUUGU